AGAAAUUGUUGUGUUGAUCCCAUUUUGGCUCCGUGCUUUUUUGUUAUUUUUGUUCUUAUAUCGCAAUUUGUUCUUGUUAAUGUGGUUGUGGCUGUUUUGAUGAAACACUUGGAAGAAAGCACCAAAAGAGAUGAUGCUGCUGAAGGCAAGUUUUUUUGUUUCAUCCGAAUCAUCCAAUUCUCUUUCAGCAAAAGGAUUACAAGAUUUGGAGAAACCAUUAGAGAAAGGUCACACAACAGAGGUUGAUUCGUCAUCACAAAAAGACGAUGAUGAAAAUAAAAGUGAAGAAGAAGAUCAAAACGAUGAUGAGGAGGAGGAAGAUGAUGCCGAUCCAUUAGGAAUUUCUGAAAUUGAGAGGGAUUUAAUAGAAGUUGAGGAAUGCCUAGUUCGUUCAGGACAACAAUCAGCGUCUUUAAGUCUCCCACGUCCAUCACUCACCGUAUUCGAUGUUACCUCCCAUUUAAUGCCUAAAAAUGAUAAUAAAACUCUACGUAGACAACGUUCUUCACCUAGUCAAAGGAUUAUGGUUCAACAUUCAUUUAAUUCUAAUUUUGAAGGCUCAAUUCCUACAACAAGAUAUUCAUUAAGACAAAAAAUGCCUCUUGUAUCUUCCAAAUUUAAUGAAAAUGAUGGAGAUGAAGAUGAGGAAGAAGAUACUUUAGCAAUUUUUGAUGAAGAGUUUGGAACAACAACAGAAAGGCAAAGUUUUGGAGCACCAAGUGAGGUAGUUUUAGCUGAAAUUGAGGAAAGGUUGGAAGAGGAUGAGUAA